AUUUUUAUUUUUUUAAGAAAACCAAUCAAGUCUAGCCUGGAUUUUGCUCUGAUUGUGUUUUGGUUUCUAGUGGUGGGGGCAAGUCUGACACGUAACUGCUUAACUUGGUCUCUUCAAAGCCUGACACACAAACAAGUUUUUUAAAAAGACUAAAUACAUCAUUAGUUUUUCUUUGCACAAAUCAACUGGUGCUCUCUAGGUGAUGGAUAUGAUUGUAUAACUAGCUUGAUUUUAUGCUUUUUCAAUGUCAAUGUUUUUUUUUAUUUUCUCCCACAUUGCUUUUUCCCCCUGUUAUGCACAAAAGUUGCCCAGCACACCGUCAGAAAGUGCGAUGACCCUCCCUGAAACCCUGUUCCUGUGGAAAAAUCUUGCCAGCAGGAUAAUAUUGGACACCGUUUGCUACAGAAGCAUGGUUGGAAGCUGGGCCAGGGCUUGGGGAAAUCCCUCCAAGGUAGGACAGAUCCCAUUCCUAUCGUCGUCAAAUAUGAUGUCAUGGGCAUGGGACGGAUGGAAAUGGAGCUGGACUAUGCUGAAGAUGCCACGGAACGAAGGAGAGUUUUGGAAGUGGAGAAGGAGGAUACUGAAGAACUGAGGCAGAAGUACAAGGAUUAUGUGGAUAAAGAAAAAGCUAUUGCCAAGGCACUUGAAGAUCUUCGAGCCAAUUUUUAUUGUGAGCUCUGUGAUAAGCAGUACCAAAAGCAUCAAGAGUUUGACAAUCACAUAAAUUCCUAUGACCAUGCCCACAAACAGAGGUUGAAGGAUCUCAAGCAAAGAGAAUUUGCUCGGAAUGUUUCAUCAAGGUCUCGAAAAGAUGAGAGAAAGCAGGAAAAAGCUCUGCGCCGUUUGCAUGAGCUGGCUGAACAGAGGAGGCAAACUGAGUGUGCUCCAGGAAGUGGACCUAUGUUUAGAACCACUACUGUGGCUGUUGAUGAAGAAGGAGGAGAAGAUGACAUGGAAUCAACAGCUCCCAGUACUUGCUCUUCCUUCUCACCAGCUACUGGGCAAGUUACUGGUAUGACUGUGGACAAGGGCAUUACUUGCACCAGUGGGCAAGCCACUAGCAACACUGGGCCUGGCCAGGUCCUUGUCCAGGUGCCACAGGCCAUCAGUUUGGGGAUUAAUCCUCUUAAAAUAGGUGUGUCUUUCUCUUUUGCCAAAAAGGCCCCUGUGAAACUUGAGUCAAUUGCCUCUGUCUUCAAAGAUCACGUGGAUGAACCCAGUUCUCCUGAUGAUGAAGUUAAAGUCGAUGAAAGAACUCAUUCAGAUUGUGCAGCUUUGGGGAAAAUUGGGGAAGCAGAGGGAACAAACAGCCCUGACAGCAGAGGAGAUGAAGAGGAGCAACAGCAUGAUAAAGAUGGGGCAGGUUUAAACACCACACUGUCCAAACUGAAAAAGAUGAAACGAGAUGAUGGGUCAGUGGCACUAGAACCAGAAUAUUACCACUACAUCCCACCAGCUCACUGUAAAGUGAAGCCUAACUUCCAGUUUCUUUUGUUCAUGAAGGCCACAGAUCAGGUAGAGGCAGAGGCUGUGAGCAAGAAAAUGACUCGUGAAAGGAAACGGAGCAAUUCCCCCAAGCCUAAAAUGGCAAAAAAUGGUGAGAAGGCAGCAGUAGCAGAAGUUGUUGUCCAUCAGAAGGAGCAGAGUCCUGCCAGCAAAAGCAGCAAAACAGAAGAUAAAAACACUCCAGAAGAGGCAGGCAAGCAGGAAGCCAAACAGCUCAAGGGAAAUGAAUCUACAGAGGUGGAUGUCAGUAAAGAAAUUCCCCAAUCUCCAGCAGCAAGUAAAGAAACCACAGAUGGGCCUAAGCAUUUAACAGGGCCUUUUUUCCCAGUACUGAGUAAAGAUGAGAGCACUACUCUUCAGUGGCCUUCAGAACUUUUGAUCUUCACUAAAGCAGAGCCUUCUGUAUCAUACAGCUGCAAUCCCUUGUAUUUUGACUUUAAACUGUCUCGUAACAAAGAUACAAAAGCUAAAGGGGCAGAAAAACAAAAACCAGCAACCAGCCUUUCUAAGGAGAAAACACAGUCUACAGAAGAAGGUAAUGCAAGCAAGAGCAAAGAGGCAGACCUUCUUGUUGGCAGAUCAGCCACAAUACCAGAGAGCAAGUCCCUGCCAGUGUGCAGUAAGCAGGAGUCAAACCCUUUGGGCACUGACAAGGUGGAAGGUCCAGAAGACAGCAGCAAAGGCAAUAUUGUUGGCCGCAAAGUGGGGAAGUCCCACAAACACAAGAAGAAGAAGAAGCACAAGAAGUCCACUAAGCACAAACGCCGGCGUAAAGGUGAGGCAGAGGAAAAGAGCAGAGAGGGGGAGCUGCCAGAAGAUAAAUCCAAAAAACGGAAGAAACACAAACAUAAAAAGAGCAAGCCUUCCUUUCUCACUGAGGCUGAGCGACCACAAGGGACUGAAGAUAAUGUCUACUCCAAGAAAAGAAAGUGGUGCACCCAAGACUCUCAGCGGAAGUCUCUUUCUACUGAAGAAGGCAGUAGCGGCAACAAGAAAGAGGAUGGUGGCACCUCUUCCCAAGAUCACAGCAGCAAAAAAACCAAGGGGGACCAGCAGCAGGCGUCAUCAGCCACUAAGAGGCGGUCUUCCACCUCGACUUCGGUUCACCCCAGCCAUAGAGGCCGACAGAGCAGUGGUGGCUAUGAGAGCGAUGAGGACUCCUGUCACAAGCACUUCAGGCAGAAGUCAGCAUCACAGUACAGUGAUGAUUAUGACUCUGGAAGUGACUGUUCCCGAAGCCGUUCCAGAUCAGGACGUCGGCAUUCCUCUCGAAGGUCAUCACAGAGGUCAUACUCAACAAGUUCAUAUGCCUCCUCUGAUAAUAGCCGAUACAGCCGACGGCGGAGCUACUCAGAAGACAGCUAUAGUGACUACAGUGAUCGGUCACGGAGUCGUACCAAACGCUCCCAUGACUCAGAGGAUGAUUCAGACUAUGCAAGUUCCAAGCGCAGGUCUAAACGGCGCAAGUACUCCUCUUCAGAAGACGACUACAGCCUGAGCAGAAGCAGGUCACGGACCCGAAGCCGGAGUCGAACCCAUGCCAGGGGAAGAUCAAGAACAAGAAGCCGGGGUAGGACGCGCAGCAGCAGCUGCAGCCACAGCCGGAGUAAGCGGAGGAGCCGAAGCCGAACAGGGCACAGCUGGAAGCGGAGCAGAAGCUACAGCCGAGAGCGUAGCAGGAGCACAAGAAGUCUUUCACAGCGGUCCCUUUCACGGAAGGGAUCCCGGGGCCACGAAAGCUCUACUGAAAGGCGAUCUGGGCGGCGAGACUUCAUCCGGUCCAAGAUCUACCGUUCCCAGUCCCCUCACUACUUCAGAGGCAGGCAGGGUGAAGCGUUUGUCAGAAAAGAAGAAAUGAGAGGAGAGGAAGCAACAGGGACCAGCAGCCUCUCCCAGAAUAGUGGAACCUCUAAUUUGGGAAGCAGUUGUAAUCCAGAGGAGAAAAACUCGGCCACAGCCAAACUCCUCCUGGAAAAAAUUCAGUCCAGGAAGGUGGAGAAGAAGCCCAGCAGCAACGAAGAUUCCCUUGCAGGUCCUCACAAGGUUGGGCUAAAACUGAAGGAUCCCCCACAGGGUUAUUUUGGCCCAAAGCUCCCUCCUUCUUUAGGCAACAAGCCUGUCCUUCCAUUAAUCGGAAAACUUCCCACAGUCCGAAAACCAAAUGCCAAGCCUUGUGAAGAGGCUGGAUUAGAAAGAGGAGAGGAACUGGAGCUUUUGGAACUGGAUACAGCAACCCCUGGUGGUAGGGAGGCAACCCUAGCAAGCCAGCCCCAAGGGGAGGAAACUCCAGUAACAGAAACUCCAGACAACCUUCCCAGAGAGGAAAAAACAGAAGAAGCAGCCACAGAGGUGGCUUCUGUUCCCCUUGAGCCACCAGCACUCCCAGAGCACUACGGAUCUGGUGACGUGGUUGUGCCACACAGCUUCCUCCCUGAUCCCAGUGAAGGUGAAACUUUAGAGCCCUUGGAUAGUGAGAAUCAAUCUGUCUCCAUAGAAAACAGGAUGGUGCCUUUAGUGCCAGACGUUGAGCACUUCCCUGGCUAUGUACCACAGAGUGGAGAGCCGAGCAUCAGUGGGGAGCCAGAGGGCACUGAGGACUCUUCCUUGGCACCCCUGGAGAGCCAGCCCAUCACCUUCACUCCAGAGGAGAUGGAGAAAUACAGCAAACUUCAGCAGGCCGCUCAGCAGCAUAUCCAGCAGCAACUCCUUGCCAAGCAGGUCAAGGCCUUUCCUGCCUCAGCUGCUCUUGCUCCUGCCACAGCUCCUACCCUGCAGCCCAUCCAUAUCCAGCAGCCUGCAGCAGCUGCAGCCACCUCCAUUACCACCGUUCAACAUGCUAUCUUGCAGCACCAUGCAGCAGCUGCUGCUGCAGCCAUUGGAAUCCAUCCACACCCACAUCCCCAGCCUCUGGCUCAAGUGCAUCAUAUCCCACAGCCUCACCUAACCCCCAUCUCCUUGUCCCACUUAACCCACUCCAUCAUCCCAGGGCAUCCUGCCACUUUCCUGGCCAGCCACCCUAUCCAUAUCAUCCCUGCCUCAGCCAUCCACCCAGGCCCUUUCACUUUUCAUCCUGUCCCUCAUGCUGCCCUCUACCCAACACUUCUGGCGCCCCGGCCAGCUACAGCUGCCGCCACAGCAUUACACCUCCAUCCUCUUUUGCACCCCAUCUUCUCAGGACAGGAUUUACAGCAUCCCCCCAGCCAUGGCACAUGAAGGGGGUGAGAAAGAGGCAGUUUUGGGGGUGGGUAGGGGAGAAAGAGGACAGGGGCAUGUCUGUGCUUAUCCGUCUCUUGCUCUGUGAAAAGCAACAGCUGACGCUGGACCUGGGAACAGCCAAAGAAGGGAAAGAAUGGGCAGGAAAAGGCAGACUCAAGAUAAUUGAUCUCUGGAAGAAGGGAAAGCUCUGUUACUAGAGGUCUGCUUGUAAGGAGCUUCAGGGCCUUGUGCAUCCAAGUGGCUUAUUCACAUCUGCAUGAAUAUGAUAUUCUUUAGCAGGUGGGUCCACUGUUUUAAUUUGUGAUGCUCAUCUAUUUUUCCCUUCCACUCUGAAAACGAAAGUGGGUAGUAUCUAAAUUAUCUUGCUUUCAGUAUCUGUUUUUAAUUUAAAUUGUGAAAUUGGUAAUUGGAUUCCACCUUAGAGGUUAAGCUGAACAAAAAGAUCCAAGAAACAGCCAACCUAGACCUGUUCCUCUUUCCCUCUGCUCCUGUGAUCAGCCAGAUCAUCAAGACAGGAAACAGUGAUCAGUUUCCAACAUCAAGCAGGCUUGGCAAGGCUACCCUUGCCUAAUGCUACUGAGAGAGAACACAGAGCGAUCCCCUUUAUCAGUCCUUGAAGCAAUAUGAUGUACAGUACUGGAGUCCUGUGAACAUCUUCAACAAGACUCUGUGACUUGUAUUCUUUACUCUGUAAUAUUUGAUGGUUCCUUAUUAACUUAUGAUUUUUUUUUCAGAAGAAAAAAGGUUUUUAAAAAUUGCACUGAACUCUGUAAAUGUACAAUGCUGCUUUUUGUAGCUCCUCUGACAAAUGUUCCAUAUUGGUAGUAUACUGCAAUAACACUUUUUACAGUCCGUUCUUUGAGUGGUACUUGUUCAGGUGGCUUUGGUUAUCUAUACAUUUUGAUGUAGUUGGAAAGAAAACUUGCAUCAAAGGUUCAGAGCUUCUAGUUGUGGCUAGAGGACAUACUUCAAGCAUGUAUAUUUUGAGCUCUUUUUUUUAAUUUUUAUGUACUGUAAAAUGAAAAAAAAUCAUUUUAUGGGAGAAGUGUGACAAGAAUGAACAAGGAGCAGUGAUCUGGACCCCUUCUGUAUUAUAGCUAAUGAAUUCCAUCCUAUGUCACUUCCAAGUAAGUAGGAGUUGGUGUGGCGGCUGAGCUGUUUGCUGCAUGCUUUAGCAGCACCACUAGUUUAAUCAGAAUAGCCAGUUGGUUCAGUAGAGCAAGAAGUUGUCUUUUAGGCUGAGGAAAAGGGUGAGUCCAUCAGAAAACAUCCAAAAACCCAGCACUUUCCCCAAGAUUCAAACCACUCAUUUUGAAGCCAAAUGAGAGAACAUUGCUUCUAGGUAGGUGUGUAUGUGUGUUUGUGUUAAGGCUUCUUAUUUUCAGAUAUGUGCCUUUUUAUGUUUAGGAGAAGUUUUGAGUGGAGUGAUUUUGGUUUGAAUCCUUUCCUUUAUUUGGGAUUUUCUUCUAGAGUAAUGGGUUUUAGGUGAUGUCUGCCUUGAGAGAGAACAAAUCUUCCUAUUUCCACUCUCUAGAAUAGGACCUUCUUUAAAAGCAGAGGAGGGGUUUGCUGCCAUUUGGAGUGGAUGUAAAGGAAGGUUAGCCUCUGGCAAAGUGGCAUCCAAACCAGGGGAGCACUGCUAGUUUGUAUCUUAAAACAUGGCUUCCACUCCUAAAAUUUGAAAAUAACCACUUUUGCCUCUGACCAUGAAAUUCCUAGCUCUAUACAGCCCUGAACUUCCUUACACUUUGCUAGAAAAACACUAGCACUGGGAAAUGCGGCUCCGACAGAGGGACUCAGUGGUAGCUGCUGUAGAUAUUCAACAAGUAACAGUAUUAAUUUCUAAGUACUUUGUUCCCUUGAGGUUCAGAGUGAAGACACAACACCCCAGCGGGUACAGAAGAUCGGACUUCCGCAAGAGCGCUUAAAUAAAAGAGAACACACUAUUACUUCAGUAUCAGCAGGCUAUAUUUAACUUUGUCACAUAAAAGUAUAUAUAUAUAUAAAUAUAUAUACAUGCUGUAAAAAUGAGGAAAAUAAACUUUCUAAUAAACUAG